AUGGUUAACCAGUGGGUGGAAAUCAAUGGGUUCCAUCUCGCGGUGUAUCUGGGACUUCACGAUGCUGCAAGAGCCCUUAUCGAAGAUGGAUACAGUGUUAACUCAGCUGACAGUAUGCUCCGUACUGCAAUAUCAUGGCUUGCAGAAGCUGGAAGUGACGAGGGUGUUAAAUUUAUGUUGACUCACGGUACCGAUCCUGAUCACAUAGAUACGAAUGGCCAAACAGCCCUAUCAUAUGCUGCUCUCACAGGCCGAGAGGAAGUGUUCCAUGCACUGAAGGAUGCUGGAUGUCAAAUGGAACCCAAGAAUAGUCAGGGUCAAACACCACUCUUCUACGCUAUUUGGGGCGGUCAUAAGAGAAUCGUUCAGUUGCUUCUGGAAGAACAGGUGGAUGCAAAUUGCAAGGAUUCCAACGGGCAAACACCAUUUCUUCAUGCCGUCCAGCAUGUAUUUGAAAAUCAUUCCAGUGGAAGUUCACGAAUGAGCAUCGUGGAGCUCCUGUUGUACAAUGGAGUUGACCCAAGUUGCCAAGAUAAAACCGGCCAGAGUCCUCUUUUCUAUGCCGUGCAAGGAGGUAAUACCGACUUAGUGCAGCUUUUGUUAGAGGCUGGCUCUAGCGUUGAGUGUGAAGAUCUUCAAGGGAGGACGGCACUUUUGUGCGCGGUCGCACUUGGAUUAGAGCAAAUUGUCAAGAUCUUACUAGCAUGGGGUGCUAACACAGAAUGCAAAGAUCACCAUGGUAAAACGCCAUUGUCAUCGUCUGCCGCUCUUGGAGAUGAGUCCAUGGUACAGAUACUGCUGUAUGGUGGAGCUGAUGUGAACAGCAAAGAUGAACACUUUGAAAAGACGGCCCUGUCUUAUGCAGCCUGGAAUGGGUUUAAAUCUGUUGUGGAUCUUCUCCUUGAUUAUGGAGCUGAUCCCAACUGCACAGAUAACCAAGAACGAACCCCAUUGUCGUGGGCAGCUGAAUAUGGGCAUGUGGAAAUUGUUCGAGUGCUUUUGAAUCACAGUGCUGAGUCUGGGCUUGAUGAGGAUCUAUAUCGUCGAACGCCGAUAGCCUGGGCUGCAUUGAGAGGGCACCAAGCUGUCAUCGACCUGCUAUUAGCGACGGACCCUUAUGCAGAUGAUGUGGAAGUUAAAGAUCUUGUACCCAGGAUAAAUCCUGAGAGGAUUGAGAUACUGGAAGGUUUGUCUAAAUCAUUCAAGAUUGAGGAAUAA